GUGGAGAGCUCACUGAAAAUGAAAGAGUCUGCAUUAAAGCACUUCAUGAUGCUGGAUGGUCUUUGAGAUGAAUAUGACAGGUGGUCUAAUAAAUUUGUUAAGCACUGUAUAUAGGUAAGUAAAUGGUUCCUUUAUGUAUAGCUGGGGACAUUCACCCUUAAUAUAGGGCAGGUAAACUAAAAGAUUUGGAAGGAGAGACUGCCAACACCCCAGCUGUACUUUAUUUUCCUGCCAGUCCUGUGAUAAAUUAUCUGUGUAAAGUCUUAAGUCAGGGCUAUCCACAUAAGAAUGCAGCCAGAGAUACUGAAUCUGUGGGAAUUAAGGUUUGUGUAUGAAUACAGCAUGUCAAGUGAAUAUGUUGUGCUCCACAUACCACUGAUGUAAAGGGAAAUUUGUUUUAACUUUGCACUUUUUUGCUCCUUCUAUCAAUUCUGUGUUAUUCUUAAAAUGUCAUGUUCUGCCUCCUGAGAACCUAUCCACCCCUUGGCAGCGAUGGUCUCCCUUUUUUGAGGAGUAUGUGUUGAUUGUCAGGUAGCAGCCUGCAGCUUUGGCUUGACAGGGACAGUGAGAUAGCAGACAUCUGAGUCAGCAAAGCUCAGGGCUUUCAGCAGCAAACAGAACCAUGCAGACUGCAGCCCAGUCUACAGAAAUCAUGAUAGCAGCACAUUUCUCACUGCUGUUUCAGUUCCUUCCCAGUAUGGACGGAGGGCCAACAGAGGGUGUAGGGGUGGUGGAGGUCCCCGCCAAAGACUUUCCCUCCAUCCAGACCGUCCACAGCCAAGAUGCAAUGGUGGCUGACCUCCUCCAGCAGGCAGCAGAGGCAGGAGGCGUAGUAGAGGGACAAGCUGGAGUUGUCCUCGAACAAGGACAUGGAGAUGGAUUGGUAGCAGCCAGCCAGGCCCAGCAGCAGCUGAUAGAAGCAGGGGUGGGGGUCAGUGUGGAAGGGGGAGCAGGGGUUGAAAUGAUGGUUAUGGACUCACUGGAUCCCACCUUGUUACAGAUGAAAACAGAGGCGAUAGAUGCUGCAGUGGGUGGAUCAACAGUAGGUGUUGUUGGAGGGGUAGCAGGUGCUGCUCACCAAGCAACUGUAACGACAGUAGACCAGACUCAAAUCAUCACACUACAGGUGGUCAACAUGGAGGAGCAGGCAGCUCUGGGUCUGGGUGAGCUCCAGCUAGUCCAGGUUCCUGUUUCUGCCACUACUGUGGAGGCUUUGCAGCAAGGCACUUUUGUAGACACCACUGCUAUGCCAAAGGAUGGAGACCCGGUCAUCUGCCACACCUUGCCACUGCCUGAGGGCUUCCAGGUGGUAAAGGUUGGUGCUAAUGGGGAGGUGGAGACAGUAGAGCAGGAGGAGGAGGGAGGGGUUGCUCACCCUGAAGAGGAGGAAGAUGAGGAUGUGGGAAGCCAGCUGCUGGAAGGAGAGGAUGAGCCCAUUCAGCCUCCAGCAGAAGACCCUGCCUGGGCAAAAGACCCAGACUAUCAACCCCCAACUGGACCUGUCAAGAAGACCAAAAAGGGUAAGAAGAGUCGUCUGCGAUAUGCUGAAGGAGACAAAGACAUGGAUGUCAGCGUGUAUGACUUUGAAGAGGAGCAGCAGGAGGGCCUUCUGUCUGAGGUCAACGCUGAGAAAGUGGUAGGCAACAUGAAGCCACCCAAACCUACCAAGAUCAAAAAGAAAGGUGUGAAGAAGACAUUCCAGUGUGAGCUGUGCAGCUACACCUGUCCUCGGCGCUCCAAUCUGGACAGACACAUGAAGAGCCACACAGACGAGAGGCCUCACAAGUGUCACCUGUGUGGAAGAGCCUUUAGGACGGUCACUCUGCUGAGAAACCAUCUCAACACACAUACUGGAACUCGUCCACACAAGUGCACAGACUGUGACAUGGCUUUUGUAACGAGUGGAGAGCUGGUUCGUCAUCGUCGUUACAAACACACACAUGAGAAACCUUUCAAAUGCUCUAUGUGUGACUAUGCCAGUGUGGAGGUGAGCAAACUGAAGCGUCACAUUCGUUCGCACACCGGCGAGCGUCCAUUCCAGUGCAGCCUUUGUAGCUAUGCCAGCAGAGACACGUACAAACUAAAAAGACACAUGAGGACACAUUCAGGAGAAAAACCUUAUGAGUGCUACAUCUGCCAUGCUCGCUUCACGCAGAGUGGAACCAUGAAGAUGCACAUCCUGCAGAAACACACUGAGAAUGUGGCCAAAUUUCACUGUCCUCACUGUGACACCGUUAUUGCACGCAAGAGUGACUUAGGAGUGCAUCUACGAAAGCAGCACUCGUUUAUAGAGACUGGGAAGAAGUGUCGCUACUGUGAUGCCGUUUUUCAUGAGCGCUACGCUCUGAUCCAACAUCAGAAGUCUCACAAGAAUGAGAAGAGGUUCAAAUGUGACAUGUGUGACUACUGCUGUCGCCAGGAGCGCCAUAUGGUGAUGCAUCGUCGCACUCACACUGGAGAGAAACCAUACGCCUGCAGUCAGUGUGAAAAGACCUUCAGACAGAAGCAGCUGCUUGACAUGCACUUCAAGCGCUACCAUGAUCCCAACUUUGUUCCCACCGCAUUCGUCUGCCCCAAGUGUAGCAAGACCUUCACUCGCAGGAACACCAUGGCACGCCAUGCAGAGAACUGCAGUGGGGAGGUGGAGGAGGCUGAAAAUGGAUCUCAGACUCCAAAGAAGGGAAGGAGGGGAAGAAAGAGGAAGAUGAGGAGCAGGAGAGAUGACGAUGACAGUGAGGGAGAUCAAGGUGAUCCAGAUGAGGAAGAGGAAGUGGAGGGUGAAGAGGAUAUGUCACUGCUACCUGAAGAGGAUGAGGUAGAAGGUAUGGAACUGGACCAGGCCCCAGCUGCCAUACCAGUUCCUGCUCCUGAUGAGCCACCCAUGAAGAGGAAACGAGGCAGACCCCCAAAGAAUGCUCCAAAACCUCCGACACCCAGCAAGACUGUCAGAGUGGCUGCAAAGACAACCACAGCUGCUGCCAUCAUCCAGGUGGAGGAUGAGAGCACUGGCGCAGUGGAGAACAUCAUAGUGAAGAAGGAGGACGGCGACGCUUCUGCAGGGAAUCCCCUGGAGCAGGGUGUGGCUCUUACCGUGGAAGGGGUGGGGCUAGACGGGGAGGGGGUAGAGACUGUUGAGCUGGCUGUCAAUGAGGAAACAGCGGCGACAGCUGCCAAUGGAGAUCUGACACCAGAGAUGAUCCUCAGCAUGAUGGACCGGUGAACACACAUGGAGUCGGACUCUGACUACAGCUAGAAUACACGAGUUAACAUUUCCAUGUCUUUGGCCUUCACCUGGUGUUCCACAUGGCGGCCAAGUUGCCUCAUUUGAAGUGGCUGCAAAAUUUCCAUGCACAAAGAAGGGAAGCCGCAUGUAAAUACUUUAACUCUUCAUUCAUAUGCUUCAAUAUGCAUCACACACACUUGAUCCCACUGCACACUUGUGUACUCCCUUUUCAUAGACAGAUAUCGUGUGAGCUAACAACAGACUCCUCUGCUCUUUAAUGCUUCUUUCAGUUUGAAUGUCUUCUGAAUGAAUCAUUGUGUAUUUUGCUACUUGUUUUGUACCCACAGCCACUUCCUGUGUCAGUCUCCACCCACACAUACUCUGCAGCUGAUGUUCCUCUCCUUUCUGCUCUUUCAAAGGGAGACGUCAAAACAUCUUUAUCCACAUUUCACUUUGAUUUCUUGCUUGCUCUUCUUGCAACUAUGCGACUUUGCUAAUUCAAGCCUUUAUAAGUGUGUAUAUAGCAAAAAGUAGUUUAUCCUAAUGAAGCGUAGUGUAUGGUACCUGCUCCGUCAAAUCAUCUGUGUAUUAUUUUUCCCAGAGUUUGAUUUUCCCUUUCUUCACACAUGGACCUUGUUAGCAUGUUUUUUAUUUGUACAUGAAAGUCAAAGUAGAAAAAGAUUUUUCUCUCCGGAUGAGCUGAUGACUCAGGUAGAUGCAGCACCCGUCAUGCUCUAAGAAAAACUCAGUCAGCCUGUGCAGAUCAGAUGUUUUACAGUGUUGUCCUAGUUAAAAAGAGUUAUGUUUCCUUUUCCCUCCCUCUGAUCACGGUUGAAAUUAUUUGUCAUUCAUAGCUAAUGUUCUUCCUCUUUUGUGAUUGAUUUCCGUCACAUAAACUGAUUGCUCCCUGUCACUUUGUUAAUACUCAUCAGCCUGUUUUGGUUGCUUUGUACUAUAGAGGUGAGUCCAAACAUUCCUUUUCUUUAAAUCACAGGGUAAACGUGGUAUUUUUAAACCAGGCCCCAUUUUUUUUGCUUAUUUUUAGACACACUUUUAGACAAAAGCUGCAAACAUGCUGUAACGACUGAAAGCCAAUGUGAAGAUCUGCUAAAUGGUUAAAAGUAAUUUGUAACUGUAAGACAUUUAGUCACCAAAAUUUGUGGAAGAAGGGUCGAGGUUAAAGCUUACACAUUUACCCUGUAACAUUGCAUUAUGUUUAUUAAAAUGAAUCGUUGUCACUGUCAAAAGUUUCUCUGAAAAAAUAAAAACAAACAUGAGCAGGUGGUUUGCAUGUACAUACAUGUAUUAAAUCCUUUUUGCUUUUGUGAUCCUUUUUAAUGUUUUUAACAGCUGAAUUUGAGAAGAGUUGAUUUGAAGGGAUCUGGAGGUUUUCUUGUGUUGGUGCCGUACCUGGUACUCUUCCCAUCAUGCUUUGCUUCCACACAUUAAUCCCACUAAUGAGCCAAAACUGCAUACUAAACUAAUUUGAUUCCUCAGUCCAAUUUCUGUUCUGAUACUGCUCAUGUUUCUGCUCAUGUUACAGCUGCUGCUGCAUUUCGCUGUGGCUCUCUCAGUUUAGUGAUAUAAAAUGAGAAUCAAGUCUUCUUCUGUACCCCAACUGUGAGGGGAGUUUAACCUGUAAAGGAACAACAUGUUUUUCAAAAAUAUGCUAACAAAGUGGUAGAACUGUGGUGAAUAACGCCUUUUUUUCUUUGACUGACUGACUUUAAAAGUGUUAUUUGAAGGAUGUCAGUUUUAAAAUAAGUCUUCUUGUUUUGGUGUACCAUCUGAAAUAAUUUGCAAAUGAAGUUGUCUGUGAAAACAAAAAAGGAACCUUCCCUAUCCAAACCUUGGCAAAUAAUUCAGUUUUUUUUUCCAAAGCGAUUAAAUAAUUUCUUUUGUAUCAUAACGUAAAUUAUUUUCUGUAAACCAAGAAAAAAGUAAGCUGUCAUUAUCAGUCUAUCAUGCUGUGCAAGAGUACGAAUGGAAGAUGGAUGUUUGACUGCAGUAAAAGUUUUUUUAGUUUGCACAUCACUUGUUUGUUUUAGCUGAAGAUUUGAGAGAACAGUUUAAAAUGGUGUGAAACCUGUUUGAAAACCAUAACUUUGUCCUGACACCUCUGAAAAUGAGACACUGUACAGCUAAUGAAAAAUAAAAUCAUCCUGAUGGGCCCACAA